AUGUCAUCGUGGGAUGAUGAGGGCAUCGAGGCAAAGCUGGAGGCCCAAAGGAAGGAGAAAGAGAUGGCCAAAAAGCGGGAGGAGGAAGGUGAGGACAGUGAGGAGGAAGAGGAGGCCAAGCCAUCAGCCAAGGCAAAGUGGGACAGCGACGAGGAGGAGGAGUCGAAGCCCGUCGCCAAGGCUAAGGCAUCAGCAUCCAAAGACGAGGAGUCCGAUGAGUGGGACGAGUGGGAUGCAGAUGAUGUGGACGUUGAGAAGAAGCUCGAGGAGCAGCGGAAAGAGAAGGAGAGACAGGAGAGGCGAGCAAGAGGGGAAGACACGGAAAGUGAGGAGGAGAAGGAGGUGAAGCCAAAGGCAGCUCCCAAGAAGAAAGAGAGGGGGCCUUCCGAGAAGAAGGAGGAGAAGAAGCCGGAGGUGGAUCCGGACCAGAUCCCGCUGAAGGACCCCAAAGCCGAGAAGGAGCGACUAAAGCGGCUGGAGGAGGCGAGAGACGCCAAGCUGGCCUCCGACCUCUUCGCGGGCUUCGAGAAGCCGGAGACGCUGCUGGAGAAGGAGAAGAGGGAAAAGGCGGAGAAGGCAGAGGCGGAGAGGAAGGCCAAAGCCAAGCCGCAGGUCGUGACUGUGGAUGAAUUCGACAACUUGGAGCUGAAUCUUAGUGCUGACGUUGAGACGCUGCUCUCCAAGUGCAUGGACAAAUUCGAGACUGCCACCUUGGCGAAGGGCGGGCCGUGCAGAUUCCUGUCCAAUCUCAUCAAGGGCUUGGAGACCACUCUCGACAUCAAAGAUUUGGCUGAGCUGGAGAAGAGCAUGGAGCAGGUGGUGAAGGACAAGAAGGCUCAGAAGGGGGCGAACUUGUCAAAGGACAACAAGGCCAAUACCAAGCUGACCAAAACCACGAAGUUUGACAAAGACUCCGAGUGGCAGGACAUCUAUGGAGGUGGCGAAGAUGACGAGGAUUGGACCGAGGAGGAGUGGAAUGCCUGGUACGCGGAGCAGGAGAAGAAGGGUGGCGCUGCUGCGGGCGCGAAGUGGUAA